UCCAAAGUAUCGUGAAAACUAGUCGAGAUGUUCAUCGAAAGCUUCCUGCUACUAUUGGCUCUCAACUUCCUGUCCGCAGGACGAGUAAUCCGACCCGAAGAACGCAUUAUCGGUGGGAACCCUACCGAAAUCGAAGAUGUUCCCUGGAUGGUUUCCAUCCAAAUAUACGGACAACAUUUGUGUGGAGGGUCCAUUUACAAUGCAGAUACUAUCAUAACAGCAGCCCAUUGUUUUUUUUUUAAUGGGGCAAUGCUAGAUCCCCGAUAUUUUGAAAUUCGCGCUGGAUCGCACUCGAAACAAUCCAAUGGAACUCUUGUCAAAGUGGCCGCGGCAAUAAUACAUGAGAAUUUCGUUUUCCGUCUGCUUCAAAACGACAUCGCCGUCGUUCGGUUAAGUAAACGACUUGAGUUUACCAACAAAGUGCAGCCCAUUCCUUUGGCCGAGUCUAAUCCUGAACCUGGAACGAUGUCCUUUGCCACUGGCUGGGGUACUACCAUCGAAGGGGAGGCGGGGAAGGCGAGCAAAGGACCCAUACAUCUUCAAGGAGUAAAGCUCCGCAUCCAAACGCCUAACUUUUGUGGAGUAUCCCAUGAUGGAUCAAGGAUUUGCGCUGGAUAUUAUAGGCAAAGCACUUGUAACGGCGACUCUGGAGGACCAUUGGUAGUUAAUCGGAAACUCGUGGGUGUUACCUCUGGAGGUUUUAAAAACUGCUGGUCGUCAGCUUUCUUCUCAAGUGUGCCCUACUUCCGAGAAUGGAUUUUGAAUGCUAUUAAAUCUUUUCCCCAACAUGUUUAGCAAUGUUCUUAACACAAUAAAAUAAAUAUUUACUGCAGCAUAUGUAAAAAGCAACAGAA